AUGUCCCUAGAAUCAGACAUCACACGAAACUUACCUUCUCUGCAAUUUCAAUCAGCAUUCGAUGAAACUGAUGGUCACUAUUUACACCUUAGAAUAAGAAGUUAUAUACUAACUGUUGCAGCUUGUGCCCAGGCUACGUACUUUGUUAGCGUACUUAAUGAAUUACGACAAGUGGUAUUGGAAGAAUACUCCUCUAGAGUAGUUCAUAGGCCCAGCAGUUCUCGGAUUCUAAAUACAUCUAUUCAGCGUGACCCAGUUAAAGUGGGAAUUAUUGGCUGUGGUAGACUUGGUAGGCAACUGGCCACCUCAUUAUUAGCUUUUGCAGGUGUUAGACCGGAAGAACUUUUUAUUUCUACAAGAAGACCGGAGCUGUUACAGGAUUUAGCUCAGCGAGGCGUUUGGUGCAGUUUUGAUAAUCAGUGCCUAUGUAAUAAGGUUAAUGUGCUUUUUAUAUGUUGCCUACCGUCACAAUUUGGCACUGUCGCAAAAGAUAUACAAUCUUUUUUGCUAUCGAAUACGAUUGUAUAUAGUCUAGUUGGUGCAACCACAAUUGAUAGAAUUUUACAAUCCUUACGAUUCGAUAACGUUAUUCGUCCUGAAUUUUCGUGGGCAACGAAUGUAACAGAGAGAAACCUUGAAAAGCAUUGGAAUACUUCUAAAGAUAUUAUUCAAGCACUUUAUGAUUCAAGAAUAAUUGCUUCUUGUUGUCCUUUAAGUUUAAACAAAGAAGGAUUGCAGGAUAACAGCACAGAAGAACACGGAUUUGUUAUUGAAGAUCUUCAAGCUGUAAUUCCCAACGAUCAAAUAAUCUCAAAAGAGGAUAAUAUCACUUCUACAAACACAGAUCGCAGCACAAAACUGUUCCCAAUUUUUAACUUCAAAUUAGCGUAUUUCUCUCAUACUCAUAUUGGAUACAAAGUUUGUUAUGAAGGAAUUAGAAAGAAUUUUAUUAAGAAUUUUAGCUCCAAGUUUGGGAAAGUAAAGGUUUGGAAAGGCUACCGAUCCGAAAAUUUAACAAAGAAUUAG